AUGAGUUCCUUUUCUGAAAAGAGUCAGCCGGUUCAGUCCAAGACUUCAGAACAUGAUGGCGAUGUUAUUCAGGAUGAAGCUAUUCAUGUUCCGGGUUAUGAUCCUACCCUUACCAUUGAAUCUGGAGAAACCAGGAGAGCUCUGCUCAAAGUUGAUUUCUUUAUCCUGCCCUUUAUCGUUCUUUGUUUCUGCUUCCUCCAAUUCGACCGUACCAACAUCGGCAACGCGUUGACUGAUACACUUCGAACUGACAUCAACAUCGAUAACUCAGACAUUAACUUAGCCCAAACUCUCUUCACGGUAGGCUUCAUCGUGACAGAGUUGCCCUUCAACAUGAUCAGCAAGUACAUGGGCCCUGAGAGAUUCCUUCCCAUCACCAUGUUCCUCUGGGGCAUUACUACCUGGUCUCAAAUCUUCCUGAAAAACGCACACGGUUUAUGUGCGGCUCGGUUCUUUAUUGGUGCCCUUGAGGGUGGUUAUAUCCCCGGUUUUGCUCUUUACAUCUCGCGGUACUAUACGAACCAAGAGCUUGCUUUGAGGUAUGCCAUUUUCUGGGCAUCAAACAGCUUUGCUGGUGCUCUUGGUGGGCCUCUGUCUAUUGGUCUUCUUUCACUUCGUGGAAGAGGUGGUCUUCACGGAUGGCAAUGGCUGUUCCUAAUUGAGGGCGUCUUGACCUGCUUCCUCGGAGUCCUCGCAUACCUAUACUUUCCCCAUAACGCUGCGAAACCCAAGACCUUCUUUGGCAGGUCAUUCAACAUCUUCACCGAGCGUGAAGCUUCCAUCAUCGUCACCCGCGUCAUCCGCAACGAUCCUACCAAGGCCCUCCGAUACGGCCAACCAGUUCUGCUGUCACAUAUUGUCGACACCUUUACUGACUGGAGAUUAUAUGGGCAUCUUGUCGCUGGCCUUCUGUCUAUGGUCAUGAUCUCGCCGAUGAACACAUACGCUCCCUCCAUCAUCAAGUCUCUAGGCUUCACCUCACUCCAAGCCAACGGUCUCAACUCCGUCGGCAGUGUCUGCGCCUUGAUCUGGUCAGUAACUUUGGCAUUCAGCAGUGAUCACUUCCGUGAGCGUGGUUUCCACAUUGCCCUUGGCUACCUCUGGGGAGCUGCUGGUCUACUCUGGCUGGCGCUUGCACCAAAUGGCGUGUCGAAGUGGACUUUAUAUGGCGGUGUUGUCUGGACACAAAUGGGGAUGGGAUGCGUUCAAGCCAUCAGUGCUGCAUGGCUCACGACUAAGAUGCAGGAUUACAAGAGACCUGUUGCCUUGGCUGCUUAUGUGAUGAGUAUCCAGCUUGCUAACUUUCCUGAUGCUCCCCGUUACACUCGCGGACUGAGCAUUGCUGCUGGUUGUGCCAUUGCUGCUGCGGUUGUUAUUCUCGUCUGGAAGUUGCUUUACCGACUCUUUGAUAAUGGUGAUGCUGGUGUCGAGGCAAAGUUCCAAGUUGCUUCUGAGGAGACUAGAAGUGAGAUUUAA